AUGGAGACCUGCGAAGAGACGGAGACGGAGGAGAGCAGUCUUCCGACGACGCCCGCUACGGAUGGUCCUGCUGUGAGUGUGACGGAGCAAGCUGGCACGGUGCCAGGCGAGUCGGUGAAGACGGAGGUGUUCCGCUCGGAGAGACCGGACGGCAGCAUCGUGACCAAGACGGUCCGCACCACGACUUGGACCAAGAAGUGUACGAAUGGCGAUCUCGUGACGACGACUGAGGUGGAAACGACGACUGAAACGGAAUCCCCGGACGGCACGACAAGCACUACGGUGGCGAUGGAGACCUGCGAUGAGACGGAGACGGAGGAGAGCAGUCUUCCGACGACGCCCGCUACGGAUGGUCCUGCUGUGAGUGUGACGGAGCAAGCUGGCACGGUGCCAGGCGAGUCGGUGAAGACGGAGGUGUUCCGCUCGGAGAGACCGGACGGCAGCAUCGUGACCAAGACGGUCCGCACCACGACUUGGACCAAGAAGUGUACGAAUGGCGAUCUCGUGACGACGACUGAGGUGGAAACGACGACUGAAACGGAAUCCCCGGACGGCACGACAAGCACUACGGUGGCGAUGGAGACCUGCGAUGAGACGGAGACGGAGGAGAGCAGUCUCCCGACGACGCCCGCUACGGAUGGUCCUGCUGUGAGUGUGACGGAGCAAGCUGGCACGGUGCCAGGCGAGUCGGUGAAGACGGAGGUGUUCCGCUCGGAGAGACCGGACGGCAGCAUCGUGACCAAGACGGUCCGCACCACGACUUGGACCAAGAAGUGUACGAAUGGCGAUCUCGUGACGACGACUGAGGUGGAAACGACGACUGAAACGGAAUCCCCGGACGGCACGACAAGCACUACGGUGGCGAUGGAGACCUGCGAAGAGACGGAGACGGAGGAGAGCAGUCUCCCGACGACGCCCGCUACGGAUGGUCCUGCUGUGAGUGUGACGGAGCAAGCUGGCACGGUGCCAGGCGAGUCGGUGAAGACGGAGGUGUUCCGCUCGGAGAGACCGGACGGCAGCAUCGUGACCAAGACGGUCCGCACCACGACUUGGACCAAGAAGUGUACGAAUGGCGAUCUCGUGACGACGACUGAGGUGGAAACGACGACUGAAACGGAAUCCCCGGACGGCACGACAAGCACUACGGUGGCGAUGGAGACCUGCGAAGAGACGGAGAUGCGAGUCGGUGAAGACGGAGGUGUUCCGCGGAGAGAGGACGGCAGAAUCGUGACCAAGACGGCGCAGGGCGGCGGCGCGGGGGAGGGGGGGGGGGAGCCCAACGACAAACCGGAACCCCCGGAAGGGGAGGAAGGGGAGGGGGGGGCGACGGAAGUGAGGGAAGAGACGGAGACGUAUGAGGAGGUGCCAAUCUUCAAGAAGACGCCCGAGACGACGGAAGUGGAUGAAACGGAGGAGACCACGACGGAAGUGACGUUCACGACGGAGACGUAUGAGGAGGUGCCAAUCUUCAAGAAGACGCCCGAGACGACGGAAGUGGAUGAAACGGAGGAGACCACGACGGAAGUGACGGAAGUGACGGAGACGUAUGAGGAGGUGCCAAUCUUCAAGAAGACGCCCGAGACGACGGAAGUGGAUGAAACGGAGGAGACCACGACGGAAGUGACGUUCACGACGGAGACGUAUGAGGAGGUGCCAAUCUUCAAGAAGACGCCCGAGACGACGGAAGUGGAUGAAACGGAGGAGACCACGACGGAAGUGACGUUCACGACGGAGACGUAUGAGGAGGUGCCAAUCUUCAAGAAGACGCCCGAGACGACGGAAGUGGAUGAAACGGAGGAGACCACGACGGAAGUGACGUUCACGACGGAGACGUAUGAGGAGAAGACGCCCGAGACGACGGAAGUGGAUGAAACGGAGGAGACCACGACGGAAGUGACGUUCACGACGGAGACGUAUGAGGAGGUGCCAAUCUUCAAGAAGACGCCCGAGACGACGGAAGUGGAUGAAACGGAGGAGACCACGACGGAAGUGACGUUCACGACGGAGACGUAUGAGGAGGUGCCAAUCUUCAAGAAGACGCCCGAGACGACGGAAGUGGAUGAAACGGAGGAGACCACGACGGAAGUGACGUUCACGACGGAGACGUAUGAGGAGAAGACGCCCGAGACGACGGAAGUGGAUGAAACGGAGGAGACCACGACGGAAGUGACGUUCACGACGGAGACGUAUGAGGAGGUGCCAAUCUUCAAGAAGACGCCCGAGACGACGGAAGUGGAUGAAACGGAGGAGACCACGACGGAAGUGACGUUCACGACGGAGACGUAUGAGGAGACGGAGACGUAUGAGGAGGUGCCAAUCUUCAAGAAGACGCCCGAGACGACGGAAGUGGAUGAAACGGAGGAGACCACGACGGAAGUGACGUUCACGACGGAGACGUAUGAGGAGGUGCCAAUCUUCAAGAAGACGCCCGAGACGACGGAAGUGGAUGAAACGGAGGAGACCACGACGGAAGUGACGGAAGUGACGGAGACGUAUGAGGAGGUGCCAAUCUUCAAGAAGACGCCCGAGACGACGGAAGUGGAUGAAACGGAGGAGACCACGACGGAAGUGACGUUCACGACGGAGACGUAUGAGGAGGUGCCAAUCUUCAAGAAGACGCCCGAGACGACGGAAGUGGAUGAAACGGAGGAGACCACGACGGAAGUGACGUUCACGACGGAGACGUAUGAGGAGGUGCCAAUCUUCAAGAAGACGCCCGAGACGACGGAAGUGGAUGAAACGGAGGAGACCACGACGGAAGUGACGGAAGUGACGGAGACGUAUGAGGAGGUGCCAAUCUUCAAGAAGACGCCCGAGACGACGGAAGUGGAUGAAACGGAGGAGACCACGACGGAAGUGACGUUCACGACGGAGACGUAUGAGGAGGUGCCAAUCUUCAAGAAGACGCCCGAGACGACGGAAGUGGAUGAAACGGAGGAGACCACGACGGAAGUGACGUUCACGACGGAGACGUAUGAGGAGGUGCCAAUCUUCAAGAAGACGCCCGAGACGACGGAAGUGGAUGAAACGGAGGAGACCACGACGGAAGUGACGUUCACGACGGAGACGUAUGAGGAGGUGCCAAUCUUCAAGAAGACGCCCGAGACGACGGAAGUGGAUGAAACGGAGGAGACCACGACGGAAGUGACGUUCACGACGGAGACGUAUGAGGAGGUGCCAAUCUUCAAGAAGACGCCCGAGACGACGGAAGUGGAUGAAACGGAGGAGACCACGACGGAAGUGACGUUCACGACGGAGACGUAUGAGGAGGUGCCAAUCUUCAAGAAGACGCCCGAGACGACGGAAGUGGAUGAAACGGAGGAGACCACGACGGAAGUGACGUUCACGACGGAGACGUAUGAGGAGGUGCCAAUCUUCAAGAAGACGCCCGAGACGACGGAAGUGGAUGAAACGGAGGAGACCACGACGGAAGUGACGUUCACGACGGAGACGUAUGAGGAGGUGCCAAUCUUCAAGAAGACGCCCGAGACGACGGAAGUGGAUGAAACGGAGGAGACCACGACGGAAGUGACGUUCACGACGGAGACGUAUGAGGAGGUGCCAAUCUUCAAGAAGACGCCCGAGACGACGGAAGUGGAUGAAACGGAGGAGACCACGACGGAAGUGACGUUCACGACGGAGACGUAUGAGGAGGUGCCAAUCUUCAAGAAGACGCCCGAGACGACGGAAGUGGAUGAAACGGAGGAGACCACGACGGAAGUGACGUUCACGACGGAGACGUAUGAGGAGGUGCCAAUCUUCAAGAAGACGCCCGAGACGACGGAAGUGGAUGAAACGGAGGAGACCACGACGGAAGUGACGUUCACGACGGAGACGUAUGAGGAGGUGCCAAUCUUCAAGAAGACGCCCGAGACGACGGAAGUGGAUGAAACGGAGGAGACCACGACGGAAGUGACGUUCACGACGGAGACGUAUGAGGAGAAGACGCCCGAGACGACGGAAGUGGAUGAAACGGAGGAGACCACGACGGAAGUGACGGAAGUGACGGAGACGUAUGAGGAGGUGCCAAUCUUCAAGAAGACGCCCGAGACGACGGAAGUGGAUGAAACGGAGGAGACCACGACGGAAGUGACGUUCACGACGGAGACGUAUGAGGAGGUGCCAAUCUUCAAGAAGACGCCCGAGACGACGGAAGUGGAUGAAACGGAGGAGACCACGACGGAAGUGACGUUCACGACGGAGACGUAUGAGGAGGUGCCAAUCUUCAAGAAGACGCCCGAGACGACGGAAGUGGAUGAAACGGAGGAGACCACGACGGAAGUGACGGAAGUGACGGAGACGUAUGAGGAGGUGCCAAUCUUCAAGAAGACGCCCGAGACGACGGAAGUGGAUGAAACGGAGGAGACCACGACGGAAGUGACGGAAGUGACGGAGACGUAUGAGGAGGUGCCAAUCUUCAAGAAGACGCCCGAGACGACGGAAGUGGAUGAAACGGAGGAGACCACGACGGAAGUGACGUUCACGACGGAGACGUAUGAGGAGGUGCCAAUCUUCAAGAAGACGCCCGAGACGACGGAAGUGGAUGAAACGGAGGAGACCACGACGGAAGUGACGUUCACGACGGAGACGUAUGAGGAGGUGCCAAUCUUCAAGAAGACGCCCGAGACGACGGAAGUGGAUGAAACGGAGGAGACCACGACGGAAGUGACGUUCACGACGGAGACGUAUGAGGAGGUGCCAAUCUUCAAGAAGACGCCCGAGACGACGGAAGUGGAUGAAACGGAGGAGACCACGACGGAAGUGACGUUCACGACGGAGACGUAUGAGGAGGUGCCAAUCUUCAAGAAGACGCCCGAGACGACGGAAGUGGAUGAAACGGAGGAGACCACGACGGAAGUGACGUUCACGACGGAGACGUAUGAGGAGGUGCCAAUCUUCAAGAAGACGCCCGAGACGACGGAAGUGGAUGAAACGGAGGAGACCACGACGGAAGUGACGUUCACGACGGAGACGUAUGAGGAGGUGCCAAUCUUCAAGAAGACGCCCGAGACGACGGAAGUGGAUGAAACGGAGGAGACCACGACGGAAGUGACGUUCACGACGGAGACGUAUGAGGAGGUGCCAAUCUUCAAGAAGACGCCCGAGACGACGGAAGUGGAUGAAACGGAGGAGACCACGACGGAAGUGACGUUCACGACGGAGACGUAUGAGGAGGUGCCAAUCUUCAAGAAGACGCCCGAGACGACGGAAGUGGAUGAAACGGAGGAGACCACGACGGAAGUGACGGAAGUGACGGAGACGUAUGAGGAGGUGCCAAUCUUCAAGAAGACGCCCGAGACGACGGAAGUGGAUGAAACGGAGGAGACCACGACGGAAGUGACGUUCACGACGGAGACGUAUGAGGAGGUGCCAAUCUUCAAGAAGACGCCCGAGACGACGGAAGUGGAUGAAACGGAGGAGACCACGACGGAAGUGACGGAAGUGACGGAGACGUAUGAGGAGGUGCCAAUCUUCAAGAAGACGCCCGAGACGACGGAAGUGGAUGAAACGGAGGAGACCACGACGGAAGUGACGUUCACGACGGAGACGUAUGAGGAGGUGCCAAUCUUCAAGAAGACGCCCGAGACGACGGAAGUGGAUGAAACGGAGGAGACCACGACGGAAGUGACGUUCACGACGGAGACGUAUGAGGAGGUGCCAAUCUUCAAGAAGACGCCCGAGACGACGGAAGUGGAUGAAACGGAGGAGACCACGACGGAAGUGACGUUCACGACGGAGACGUAUGAGGAGGUGCCAAUCUUCAAGAAGACGCCCGAGACGACGGAAGUGGAUGAAACGGAGGAGACCACGACGGAAGUGACGUUCACGACGGAGACGUAUGAGGAGGUGCCAAUCUUCAAGAAGACGCCCGAGACGACGGAAGUGGAUGAAACGGAGGAGACCACGACGGAAGUGACGUUCACGACGGAGACGUAUGAGGAGGUGCCAAUCUUCAAGAAGACGCCCGAGACGACGGAAGUGGAUGAAACGGAGGAGACCACGACGGAAGUGACGUUCACGACGGAGACGUAUGAGGAGGUGCCAAUCUUCAAGAAGACGCCCGAGACGACGGAAGUGGAUGAAACGGAGGAGACCACGACGGAAGUGACGUUCACGACGGAGACGUAUGAGGAGGUGCCAAUCUUCAAGAAGACGCCCGAGACGACGGAAGUGGAUGAAACGGAGGAGACCACGACGGAAGUGACGUUCACGACGGAGACGUAUGAGGAGGUGCCAAUCUUCAAGAAGACGCCCGAGACGACGGAAGUGGAUGAAACGGAGGAGACCACGACGGAAGUGACGUUCACGACGGAGACGUAUGAGGAGGUGCCAAUCUUCAAGAAGACGCCCGAGACGACGGAAGUGGAUGAAACGGAGGAGACCACGACGGAAGUGACGUUCACGACGGAGACGUAUGAGGAGGUGCCAAUCUUCAAGAAGACGCCCGAGACGACGGAAGUGGAUGAAACGGAGGAGACCACGACGGAAGUGACGUUCACGACGGAGACGUAUGAGGAGGUGCCAAUCUUCAAGAAGACGCCCGAGACGACGGAAGUGGAUGAAACGGAGGAGACCACGACGGAAGUGACGUUCACGACGGAGACGUAUGAGGAGGUGCCAAUCUUCAAGAAGACGCCCGAGACGACGGAAGUGGAUGAAACGGAGGAGACCACGACGGAAGUGACGGAGACGUAUGAGGAGGUGCCAAUCUUCAAGAAGACGCCCGAGACGACGGAAGUGGAUGAAACGGAGGAGACCACGACGGAAGUGACGUUCACGACGGAGACGUAUGAGGAGGUGCCAAUCUUCAAGAAGACGCCCGAGACGACGGAAGUGGAUGAAACGGAGGAGACCACGACGGAAGUGACGUUCACGACGGAGACGUAUGAGGAGGUGCCAAUCUUCAAGAAGACGCCCGAGACGACGGAAGUGGAUGAAACGGAGGAGACCACGACGGAAGUGACGUUCACGACGGAGACGUAUGAGGAGGUGCCAAUCUUCAAGAAGACGCCCGAGACGACGGAAGUGGAUGAAACGGAGGAGACCACGACGGAAGUGACGUUCACGACGGAGACGUAUGAGGAGGUGCCAAUCUUCAAGAAGACGCCCGAGACGACGGAAGUGGAUGAAACGGAGGAGACCACGACGGAAGUGACGUUCACGACGGAGACGUAUGAGGAGGUGCCAAUCUUCAAGAAGACGCCCGAGACGACGGAAGUGGAUGAAACGGAGGAGACCACGACGGAAGUGACGUUCACGACGGAGACGUAUGAGGAGGUGCCAAUCUUCAAGAAGACGCCCGAGACGACGGAAGUGGAUGAAACGGAGGAGACCACGACGGAAGUGACGUUCACGACGGAGACGUAUGAGGAGGUGCCAAUCUUCAAGAAGACGCCCGAGACGACGGAAGUGGAUGAAACGGAGGAGACCACGACGGAAGUGACGUUCACGACGGAGACGUAUGAGGAGGUGCCAAUCUUCAAGAAGACGCCCGAGACGACGGAAGUGGAUGAAACGGAGGAGACCACGACGGAAGUGACGUUCACGACGGAGACGUAUGAGGAGGUGCCAAUCUUCAAGAAGACGCCCGAGACGACGGAAGUGGAUGAAACGGAGGAGACCACGACGGAAGUGACGUUCACGACGGAGACGUAUGAGGAGGUGCCAAUCUUCAAGAAGACGCCCGAGACGACGGAAGUGGAUGAAACGGAGGAGACCACGACGGAAGUGACGGUGACGGAGACGUAUGAGGAGGUGCCAAUCUUCAAGAAGACGCCCGAGACGACGGAAGUGGAUGAAACGGAGGAGACCACGACGGAAGUGACGUUCACGACGGAGACGUAUGAGGAGGUGCCAAUCUUCAAGAAGACGCCCGAGACGACGGAAGUGGAUGAAACGGAGGAGACCACGACGGAGAAGUGA